UCUUUAAUUAAGUAAAUAACUUGUUCAAUUCUCCAAGUGUCUUAUAAGUAAGUUCUACCCAUCAUGAGACCUGAAAUCGAACAAGAAUUAUCUCAUACUUUAUUGACCGAAUUAUUGGCUUAUCAAUUUGCAUCUCCUGUUAGAUGGAUUGAAACUCAAGAUGUAUUCUUACAACAACAUAAUACUGAAAGAGUAGUUGAAAUUGGUCCUUCUCCAACUUUAGCUGGUAUGGCUACUAGAACCAUUAAGGCCAAAUAUGAAUCUUAUGAUGCUGCUCUUUCUUUACAACGUCAAGUUUUAUGUUAUUCUAAGGAUGCUAAGGAAAUUUAUUACACUCCAGAUCCUGCUGAUAUUGCUCCACCUGCUAAGGAAGAAGCUGCUCCCGCUGCUCCAGCUGCCGCUGCCCCAGUUGCUGCCGCUGCUGCUGCUCCAGUUGCUGCUGCUCCAGCUCCAGCUGCUGCUGGUCCUGCUGCUUCAAUCCCAGAUGAACCAGUUACUGCUAAAUUACUUUUACACGUUCUUGUUGCUCAAAAGUUAAAGAAACCUUUAGAAGCUGUUCCAUUAUCCAAAGCCAUUAAGGAUUUAGUCAAUGGUAAAUCUACUGUUCAAAAUGAAAUUUUAGGUGAUUUAGGUAAAGAAUUUGGUUCAACUCCUGAAAAACCAGAAGAUACUCCAUUAGAAGAAUUAGCUGAACAAUUCCAAGAUACUUUCAAUGGUCAAUUAGGUAAAACUUCAUCAUCAUUAAUUAGUAGAUUAAUUUCUUCUAAGAUGCCGGGAGGAUUUUCAAUUACUGUUGCUAGAAAAUAUUUAGAAUCAAGAUAUGGUUUAGGAGCUGGUAGACAAGAUUCAGUUUUAUUAAUUGCUUUAACCAAUGAACCAGCCAAUAGAUUAGGUUCAGAAGCUGAUGCCAAGGCCUUUUUAGAUUCAGUUGCCAAUAAGUAUGCUUCAACUGCCGGUAUUUCCUUAUCAUCAGCUGCUGCUGCUGGAGGAUCUGCUGGAGGAGCUGGAGGAGCUGUUAUUGAUAGUGCAGCAUUAGAUGCUUUAACUGCAGAAAAUAAGAAAUUAGCUAAACAACAAUUAGAAACUUUAGCUAGAUACUUACAAGUUGAUUUAAAUAAAGGAGCCAAAUCCUUUAUUAAAGAAAAGGAAGCAUCAGUUGUUUUACAACAAGAAUUAGAUUUAUGGGAAGCUGAACAUGGAGAAUUUUAUGCUAAUGGUAUUAAACCAACCUUCUCAUCCAAGAAAUCCAGAACUUAUGAUUCUUAUUGGAAUUGGGCAAGACAAGAUGUUUUAUCAAUGUAUUAUGAUAUUAUCUUUGGUAAAUUAAAUUCAAUUGAUAGAGAAACUAUUCAACAAUGUAUUCAAAUUAUGAAUAGAUCUAAUCCAACUUUAAUUAAAUUUAUGCAAUAUCAUAUUGAUCAUGUUCCUGAAUAUAAAGGUGAAACUUAUAAUUUAGCUAAGAAAUUAGGUCAACAAUUGAUUGAUAAUUGUAAACAAACUUUAGGUAUUGAUCCAGUUUAUAAGGAUGUUAGUAAAAUUACUGGUCCAAAGACUACGGUUGAUGCUAAGGGUACUAUUGUUUAUGAAGAAGCCAAUAAAGAUGCCGUUAGAAAAUUCGAACAAUAUGUUUAUGAAAUGGCUCAAGGAGGUAAAAUGACUAAGAUUGAACAACCAACCAUUCAAGAAGAUUUAGCUCGUGUCUAUAAAGCCAUUACUAAACAAGCUUCAAAGAAUGAUAAAUUAGAAUUACAAAAAUUAUAUGAUCAAUUAAUUAAAGUGGUUGAAUCAUCUUCGGAAAUUGAAACUCAACAAGCAACUAAUACCAUCUUAGGAGCUACUGGUAAUUCAACUCCAACUGAUGAAGAUGAAUUAUCUACUGCCUCUGAUGAUGAUGAAAUCGCUUCAUUACCAGAUAAAACUUCGAUUUUACAACCAGUUUCUUCAACCAUUCCUUCAGAAACUUUACCAUUCUUACAUAUUAAAAAGAAGAAUGGAGAUGUUUGGGAAUAUAAUCGUAAAUUAUCUUCAGUUUAUUUAGAUGGAUUAGAAAGUGCUGCCAUUAAUGGAUUAACCUUUAAGGAUAAAUAUGUUUUAGUUACUGGUGCUGGAGUUGGAUCUAUUGGUGCUGAAAUCUUACAAGGUUUAAUCUCUGGUGGUGCUAAAGUUAUUGUUACUACUUCAAGAUUCUCUAAGAAAGUUACUGAAUAUUAUCAAAAUAUGUAUGCUAGAUUUGGAGCUGCUGGGUCUACUUUAAUUGUAGUACCAUUUAAUCAAGGGUCUAAACAAGAUGUUGAUGCAUUAAUCAACUAUAUUUAUGAUGAACCUAAGAAGGGUGGUUUAGGAUGGGAUUUAGAUGCCAUUAUUCCAUUUGCAGCCAUUCCAGAAAAUGGUAAUGGAUUAGAUAAUAUUGAUUCUAAAUCAGAAUUUGCUCAUAGAAUUAUGUUAACUAAUCUUUUAAGAUUAUUAGGAGCCGUUAAAACUAGAAAGGUAACUGAUACAAGACCUGCUCAAUGUAUUUUACCAUUAUCACCAAAUCAUGGAACUUUUGGAUUCGAUGGGUUAUACUCUGAAUCGAAGAUUUCUUUAGAAACUUUAUUCAACAGAUGGUAUUCUGAAGACUGGGCUCAAAAGUUAACUAUCUGUGGAGCCGUCAUUGGUUGGACUAGAGGUACUGGAUUAAUGAGUGCUAAUAAUAUGAUUGCUGAAGGUAUUGAACAAUUAGGAGUUAGAACCUUCAGUCAAAAGGAAAUGGCCUUUAACAUCUUGGGAUUAUUGACUCCUCAAAUCGUUCAAUUAUGUCAAGAAGAACCAGUCAUGGCUGAUCUUAAUGGUGGAUUACAAUUCAUUGAGAACUUGAAGGAUUUCACUUCUAAAUUAAGAAGUGAUUUAACUGAAAAUGCUGAAAUCAGAAGAGCUGUCUCCAUCGAAGCUUCCAUUGAACAAAAAGUAGUUAAUGGAGAUAAUGUCGAUGCUAACUAUUCUAAAGUGGUGGUUCAACCAAGAUCUAAUUUGAAAUUCGAAUUCCCUGGCUUAAAGACUUAUGAAGAAAUUAAGAAAUUAUCACCAGAUUUAGAAGGAAUGUUAGAUUUAGAUAGUGUUAUUGUCGUGACAGGUUUCUCUGAAGUUGGUCCAUGGGGUAAUUCUAGAACUAGAUGGGAAAUGGAAGCUUAUGGAGAAUUUUCUUUAGAAGGAGCCAUUGAAAUGGCAUGGAUUAUGGGAUUAAUUAAAUAUCAUAAUGGUAACUUAAAGGGUAAACCAUACAGUGGAUGGAUUGAUGCUAAGACUCAAACUCCUGUCGAUGAUAAAGAAAUCAAAUCGAAAUAUGAAGAACAAAUCAUUGAUCAUGCUGGUAUUAGAUUAAUUGAACCAGAAUUAUUCCAUGGGUAUGAUCCAAAUAAGAAACAAUUGAUUCAAGAAGUGGUUAUUGAAAGUGAUAUGGAACCAUUUGAAGCUUCUAAGGAAACUGCUGAACAAUAUAAACAUGAACAUGGAGAUAAAUGUGAAAUCUUUGAAAUUGAAGAGAGUGGUGAAUAUACCGUUAGACUCUUAAAGGGUGCCACUUUAUAUGUUCCAAAGGCUUUAAGAUUCGAUAGAUUAGUGGCUGGACAAAUUCCAACCGGUUGGGAUGCUCGUACUUAUGGUAUUUCUGAAGAUACCAUUAAUCAAGUUGAUCCAAUUACUUUAUAUGUAUUAGUAUCUACUGUUGAAGCCUUACUUUCUUCAGGGGUUACUGAUCCUUAUGAAUUCUAUAAAUAUGUUCAUGUAUCUGAAGUUGGUAAUUGUUCUGGUUCAGGUAUGGGAGGUGUUUCUGCCUUAAGAGGUAUGUUUAAGGAUAGAUAUGCUGAUAAACCUGUUCAAAAUGAUAUCUUACAAGAAUCCUUUAUUAAUACCAUGUCUGCUUGGGUUAAUAUGUUACUUUUAUCAUCUUCUGGUCCAAUUAAAACUCCUGUUGGUGCUUGUGCUACUGCCGUUGAAUCAGUUGAUAUUGGUAUUGAAACUAUUUUAUCUGGUAAGGCCAAGAUUGUUCUUGUUGGUGGUUAUGAUGAUUUCCAAGAAGAAGGUUCUUAUGAAUUCGCCAAUAUGAAGGCUACUUCAAAUGCUAUUGAAGAAUUUGAACAUGGUAGAACUCCAAAGGAAAUGUCUAGACCAACCACUACUACUAGAAAUGGAUUUAUGGAAGCUCAAGGGGCUGGUAUUCAAGUUAUUAUGGGGGCUGGAUUAGCCAUUAAGAUGGGUGUCCCAAUCCAUGGUGUAUUGGCCAUGACUGCUACUGCUACUGAUAAAAUUGGUAGAUCUGUUCCUGCUCCAGGUAAGGGUAUUUUAACUACUGCCAGAGAACAUCAUGGAAGUUUGAAAUACAAAUCUCCAACCUUAGACAUUAAGUAUAGAUCAAGACAAUUGAAACAAAGAUUAAGUCAAAUUAAGAAUUGGGAAGAAUCAGAAAUCUCUUACUUAAAUGAUGAAGCUGCCUUAGUUAAAGAAGAAUAUGGUACUGAAUUCAGUGAAGCUGAUUUCCUUAAGGAAAGAACUGAAGAAAUCAAUCGUGAAGUUCAACGUCAAAUUACUGAUGCUAAGAAGCAAUGGGGUAAUAACUUUUAUAAAUCUGAUCCAAGAAUUGCUCCACUUAGAGGUGCAUUAGCUGCCUUUAAUUUAACUAUUGAUGAUUUAGGAGUUGCUUCAUUCCAUGGUACAUCUACUGUAGCCAAUGAUAAGAAUGAAUCUGCCACUAUUAAUUCAAUGAUGAAACAUUUAGGUAGAACUGAAGGUAAUCCAGUCUUUGGAGUAUUCCAAAAAUUCUUAACUGGUCAUCCAAAGGGUGCUGCUGGUGCAUGGAUGUUAAAUGGUGCCCUUCAAAUUCUUAAUACUGGUUUAGUUCCUGGUAAUAGAAAUGCCGAUAAUGUUGAUCAAAAAUUAGAAGAAUUCGAUUAUGUCUUAUAUCCUUCAAGAUCUAUUCAAACUGAUGGUAUUAAAGCCGUAUCGGUUACAUCCUUUGGUUUUGGUCAAAAGGGUGCCCAAGCCAUUGUAAUCCAUCCAGAUUACUUAUAUGCUGUAUUAGAUCAACGUACUUAUGAAUCUUAUGCUGAAAGAGUUAGUGCUCGUAAUAAGAGAACUUAUAGAUACAUGCAUAAUGCCAUUACUCGUAAUACUAUGUUUGUUGCUAAGGAUAAACCUCCUUAUGCUGAUGAAUUAGAACAAUCGGUUUAUUUGGAUCCAUUAGCUAGAAUUGAAGAUUCAAAGAAAUCUCAAUCUGGUUUAACUUUCUCAGCCAAAUCAAUUCAAUCUGAUAAAUCUUAUGUUGGAGCCUCUGCUACUGCUACCGCUAAAGCCUUAUCAAGUUUAAAUAAAUCUUCUAAGGGAGUUGGCGUUGAUGUGGAAUUAUUAUCGGCCAUUAAUUUAGAAAAUGAAACCUUUAUUGAAAGAAACUUCACAACUGCUGAACGUGAAUACUGUGCUAAGGCUCCUUCAAGUCAAGCUUCAUUCACCGGUACUUGGUCCGCCAAAGAAGCUGUAUUUAAGGCUUUAGGUGUCGAAUCCAAAGGUGCUGGAGCUUCAUUAAUUGAUAUUGAAAUUACUAGAGAUACUAAGGGUGCACCUCAAGUGGUCUUACAUGGUGAAGCUAAGGCUGCUGCUACUAAGGCUGGAGUUAAGAAUGUGUCUGUUUCGAUUUCUCACGAUGACUACCAAGCCACCGCUGUUGCCUUAAGUGAAUUCUAAGUAGUUUAGUAUAGUGAUAAUUAGUGAUAAUUAGUAAUAUAUUGUUAUUUAUAAGAUAAUUUA